UGUCUAAUAACUAAAGCUGGAGUCUGCAAAUAGGAAAAAGAAAGAGAAAAUGGCAGAAGAAGUGAAGCUAUUCAGGAAUUGGUCAAGUCCAUAUCCACUGAGAGUGGUGUGGGCGCUAAAACUGAAGGGCAUUGAGUAUGAAGAAGUGUUUGAAGAUCUUUCAAACAAGAGCUCUUUGCUUCUCAAGUAUAAUCCAGUUUACAAAAAGAUCCCUGUACUUGUUCAUAAUGGCAAACCCAUCUGUGAAUCUCUUCUCAUUCUUGAAUACCUGGAAGAGACUUUCAAACAGUAUCCACUGCUUCCACAAAAUCCUCACCAGCGAGCCACGGCUCGCUUCUGGGCUAACUUCGCCGAUGAAAAGAUAUUACAAGCAAUGAGAUUUGAUGUUCUUUCAAAGCAAGGAAGAGAACAAGAAGAAGCAAUAGUUUCAAUCAAAGAGAAGUUGAAAUAUUUAGAAGAAGAGCUAAAGGGCAAGAAAUUCUUUGGAGGAGAAAGCAUUGGACUAGUGGAUCUAGCUUUGGGUUGGAUUGCUUAUUACCUCAAUAUAAUUGAGGAGAUUAUUGGUGUGAAAUUGGUAGACCAAGAAAAAUUCCCACUGUUAAUGGCAUGGAUCCAACAAUUCUCAAAUAUCCCAAUAAUCCAUGAGAAUUGGCCUCCAAGAGACAAGCUCCUUGAUAGAUACUCUGGUUUUCGUAAGGCUGCCCUUGGGGAAGACACACCAAAAUGAAAAUUUCUAUGGAGUUGUAUUAGUUUUGGGCUUUUUUUUUCAAGAAUAAAAACGUGGCAAUGUUCGUUUAUUGUAAUGGAUUGUGAUAGGAUUUAAGAUUUUUUUAAUAAAAGUAUAAAAAAUAUUUUAUGAUUUUA